AUGGUCGGUAGUGGACUUCUCCCUCUACCUCUUACGUUGUGGACUAACCAGGUUCGAAGCUCAAACUCUUCCGUUCGAAAAAGGCGGUAUAUUCAAACAUCCGCAACUAUCCGUUCUAUUUCCCAUCACCAUGACUCUUCACUGCCCUCUGGCCUGGGACUCCAUGUGGUUCAUCAGCCGGAAUUUGCAUCGCUCGACAUUAUCUUCGUUCACGGUCUAGGAGGCCAUAGCCAGCGGACUUGGUCAAAGAACCAUGAUCCGUCACUGUACUGGCCUAAGCUAUGGCUUCCAUCUGAACCGGGGAUCGACAAGGCUCGUAUCCUAACCUUUGGUUACAACGCAGCUUGGCACGGCGCAACGAAGAGCAUCGCUAAUAUCACAGACUUCGCCAAGGAGUUAUUGUUCGAAAUGCGGUUUUCGAGAGACGAUUCUGGAGCUGAUCUUAAAAUCGGCACGAAUCCCAUCAUCUUCAUUGUUCAUAGUAUGGGUGGUUUAGUCGUCAAGAAGGCAUAUCUACUAGGCCUGCAUGAUGAGAAUUAUAAAGACGUUACUCGCUCAAUAUCAGCAAUCAUGUUUCUAUCUACUCCUCAUCGCGGUACCAAUCUAGCGACAAUUCUAAAUAGGGUCUUGGCUGCGUCAUUUCAGUCGUCGAAGAACUUCAUUUCAGACCUCAAUAAGAGUUCCCCCGCUAUUGAAGAGCUAAAUGAACAAUUCAGGCAUUUUUCGCUAGGGCUCUCGAUUUGGUCGUUCUAUGAGACAAUGGCCACUUCUAUAGGGUUUAAGAAAAUCAUGAUUUUAGAAAAAGACUCCUCUGUUUUGGGCUAUCCUGCCGAGAUAUCCAGGCCCUUGCAGGCCGACCACCACGAUGUCUGCAAAUAUUCAAGCCCAACUGAUCCUAAUUACAUCAGUGUCAGGAAUGCGAUCGCAUCUCUUGCCGCGCAUUUUGGCUCGACGAAAACGCAAGAAGAUAAUCCAAUCCACCCCGAGACUCCCGCUAAUCUCCAAGGACUCUUUCGCGAUUGUCUAGAUAGCGAGGAUGACUAUUCCGCGUUAAUUCGUUGCUUGGCGCCUGGAACAUGUGAAUGGUUCGUCAAGGAACCGGAAUUUAUUUCCUGGAUGGAGUUGACCUCCGACUCUCAAGUCUUGUGGUUCAAUGCUCCUCCCGGUACUGGGAAAUCCGUCCUGUCAGCUUUCCUAAUCAGCCACCUGCGGAAGCUAGGCUGUCGCUGUCAAUUCUUUCUAUUUAAAUAUUCAGAUGGGAAGAAGCGCUCGGUCGCCGGUGCUUUGCUGUCCCUUGCAUCACAGCUCGUACAGAACAUGCCCGAGUUUGCAGCAUCCCUUAACGGAUCAUCGCCAGAGAGCUUGGGCCUUAAUUCAGAAGACAUUGCGUUAAUUUGGCGAAACCUUUUCAAAGACAGAUUAUUCGAAAUGCGCACCCUUCAACCAAUAUAUUGGAUUAUUGACGGUUUAGAUGAAUGCGAUUCCCCGAAUACUUUCUUGGAAUGUCUCGCAGCUUUCCACAAUACCCAGAUACCCAUACGCAUCCUAAUACUCAGUCGUGAUAGAAAGCCUAUCUCAGAUAGUUUUAACAGACUUUCGGAUAUCAUAUCUGUGUCUCGAAUGGACCAGACUUGUGGUGCUCACUACCAACGAGAUAUCGGACUUUUUAUCAAGUGGAGACUUAAACACAUGCGCGGCAGCGAUGAGUUCCGCCGAAGACUAGUUCAGACCAUCAUGGAACGCUCUGGGCUCAAUUUUCUAUGGACGAAACUAGUGCUAGACGAGGUUAUGGAAUGCCACACCGAGGAUCGUAUUCGGGAGGUUCUCGAAGAGGUUCCAGGAGGGAACCUUGUCAAUUCGACUCGGAACUUCAACAUUGAGCUAAUAAGGGCACUCAUUGACUUGGAAGAGAUGUCGGAAGCACUUAAGCCGGAGUUUCAAGAAACCUGUUACAUGCGAGUUGAAGAAAACGGAAGGGUCAACAUACUGCAUCACACCGCCCGUGAUUAUUUCACGAAUUCCCUACAGAGUCGAUUCUACAUUGAUUUAGCUGAAACUCAUGGAAGAUUCUUGAUGAAAACUAUUACAACAUUGGAGGACCCAGAACUUCGAUGGAGGUUGGUUCAUGAUGAACACGGCCUUCAAUCGAGCGAGCCCUUCGUUUUCUACUCAGCGGUUAAUUGGCCAUUUCAUUUGGACCAAUGCUAUUAUAAUACGCCUGAGUGUCUUAACUUGCUUAAGAGGGUAUUUGGUAGCCCCGUCGUGUUGACUUGGAUCUAUGUGUUGGCUCUGCUUCGGCAACUGGAUGUCUUAAUAAACGCGGCAGGUAUUAUCUCAUCUGUUGCUCGUAAUAUGAAAACUGGGGAAAUAUCCAGUACUCUAGCUCACCCCGAUGUUUUGGUUUUCGAAUUCUUAAAUAAUUGGGCUAUUGACCUUAUUAAGAUAGCUGAGAAGUUUGCGUCCAACCUGGUUGCCAACCCUGGAGCAAUAUACGAAAUCGUUCCGGCACUCUGCCCUACGAAGUCUAUGAUGUACCGGCAAUUUUCGCAUUCCACGCAUAUCAAGGUGCAUGGGACCGCAGGGACGGGUUGGAGUGAUCAUCUUCAUCGCCUCUCCCUACCCAAAGAUAUCCAGGCUUGGGAAAUCAUUUGCGUUGGGAAAUACUUAGUAGUUCUCGGGUCUACUGGAAUAGUGCACGUGUGGGAUACGUCGGGUUCCGCGGAUGUUGUUGCAAUGGCACAUGGGGAAGUUGUCACAGCCAUGGCCACGAACCGAGUUGGUACAAAAAUAGUGACUUACGGGAUGAAGAGUACUAAGAUAUGGGCUCUCCCUUCGGGAGAUCUUCUUAACUCGACAGCUAAUCCCCCGUUCACCAAAGCGCUUGCAAUAGCCUUUUAUGACAACGUUAUAAGGCAAGUAAAGCACGACACUUUGGAAGAAGGAUGGCAGGUGCUGAAUCCAAACGUUCCUAAAGAUACAAGGAAGAUCAGUGGUGCGAUAGUUAGCGCCCCUGUGUGUGUUGAGUUCAAUAGCGACAAUACGCAAGUUGCUGUUUCGUACCGGGGAGCACCGCUCUCAGUUUGGAGGCUUCGCGACGGGCGCUGUAUUAACAUAAGCAAAAGAGCAACCACUCCUCGGGAUAAGGCUAGUCGACCAUCAUCAAAUUGGUUCUCCGUGAAUCGAUUUACCUGGAAUCCCACUUCAGGCCAUAUUCUAGGCAUCUAUAAAGACGGUCGCGUUUUUAAAUGGCAUCCAAUGACUGAUGAGAACGUUGAGGCGGAUGUUCGGUGGGCUGCGGAUGAAAUCGCAGCCAGCCCAAAUGGAAAGCUCUUUGCAACUAGUAGUAGCGAUGGCUCAGUUCGGAUCUGGGACUUUAUGCAAUUUAAUGUUAUCUACGAGCUGUCAUUGGACGAUCUGGUUACCCGGCUGGCUUUCAGUCCUGACAGUCGGCGGCUUUACGAUCUUCGUGGUGGCUCUAUCAAUGUGUGGGAGCCGAAUAGCUUAUCCUACUGCCUAGAGCCCAGAGAUGAUACGAAGGGUAAGGACCAAUCGUCGUCAUCUUCGGGGUUCCCGGGGGCACGGACGGGUCGACACGAAGCAGUGACCGCGUUUUGUAGGGCACCAGGCGAUACGAAGUAUUGCGUUGGCUACGAAGACGGUGUAGUUUCUCUACAUAAAAAAGGAAACACCGAGGUUAUUGAGGUCGCGCACUUUCAUAACUCCCUCCCUGUUGCGCACAUCACAUGGAACCAGGAUGGGAGUUAUGUAGCCGCUGCGGAUCUCGCUGGCGAUAUUCAAGUCAAGAGUCUAGAUGAUAGCAUCGGGCAAGGCUUGCUUGUAUCAUCCCUGCCUUCACCCCGCCUUAGUCUCGAUACUUACAAUAUUGAGGGAAUUGUUCUUCGCCCAGAUGGUCAGGAGUUAUUAAUAGUGACCAAAGGAAAGUGCUCCAUUUUCUCCACUACACAUGGCACGAUUAGGAUUACCUUCAUGCUCUAUGGAGACGACUGCAAUCGCAGAUGGCUAUGCCAUCCGACGAGGCUGGAUAUCAUCCUAGGGUACGGAGCUCUAGACGUACGUGCAUAUACAUGGGCUGAACUUCGAAAUAUAUAUUGGAUGUCGUACAAUCCCAAAGUUAGAAAACCUUCACAGCCAAAAACGGCUUAUGACAAACUCCCUUUUACUUAUAGCGGCGAUGUUACUUUGGAGGCUAUGGAUGCAAUUCCGACUCGGGAUGGGAACAACGUUCUUCUAUGUGUCCAGAAAACUGAAGAUAAAGGAUACCCAGUGGAUGACUUCAUGGUUGUCUCAACUUUCAACCUAACAACACUGGACCAUAUGACCAAUCCAUUUAAUUAUUUGGAUAUUUUUCGGCUCCCACAAGAGGUGUCGGCUCGGGUUCAAAAGCCCCUCGGAGUUAUCUACGGCUCAGAAAUUGUCUUCUUAGAUCAUGAUUUCUGGCUCUGCAGCUGGUCUCUAAAUGUCGAUGUCUACACAGCGGAAAGUUACCGUAGACACUACUUCAUCCCGCGGAACUGGAUUGGCCAAGCUAGCUUAGAUCAAUGUUCGCUAGCGGAUGACGGCUCCCUUUUUUGGCCCACAGACAAUCGCAUUGUAGUUAUCGAGUGCAAUCUUGAUGAUACAAGACUGGGUUCAGUAUUUUGA